ACUCUCUGUUUCUGAACGCUUCCUCUUUUGGUUAGUUUUCCAUGGACGACUCUGCCAAUAACAACAAUAACCAUGACACUGCUUCUGCCUCUUCUUGUGUAAAUUCGUCCCAACAAGAAAGAUCAAAAGAGGAACAGGAACUGCACGAGCUUGUGGUUCCUGAUCUUCGAGACCUCCCAGUUACCCCCUCUUCUGCGGUCGACUCCAACUUUGUUUGCUACUUCGCUCCAGAUUUUAUGAAGCCAGGACACGACCAGUACAUUUAUCGCCAUGCGAACGGGUUAUGCGUGAUCGGCUUGGCUCCAACCCACGUGGCUUUAAAGGAGAAAGGAGUUACAGCUAUCGACUUCAAUGUUGGGAAGUCUGACCGCAGUGAGAUCAGGGUCUCUGGAAAGCGUAAAAAGAAUGCACAACACUUUGAAGCUAACACAGCUUUGUGUAAAGUGUGCACAGGCGAUGCGUACUAUAUUGUGAGAUGUUGCGUAAAGGGCUCUCUAUUGGAAGUGAAUGAUAGGCUAAUUGAUCAGCCAGGAUUGCUAAACUCUUCGGCUGAUAGAGAAGGAUAUAUAGCAAUUAUCAUGCCAAAACCAAACGAUUGGCUUAAGAGCAAGAAUUCACUGUUGAGCCUCGAAGACUAUAAGAAGUUGAGAGAUAUUUGCUGACUCAUCCAAUAGUAUUUUUUCUAUUGACCGUAGAUGUGGUCUGCUGCAACUCUAGGAUUAUUCCAGUUAUGGACUUCAUAUAGGAGAUUUCCUCAUGGAAAGAGGCAGCUCGAUCUGAUACUCUGAGUGAAAUUAUUUUGUUUCAUUUUCAUAUGGGCAUGGUACUCUAAUCGGGACUCUCAAAGGAACUUCAUAAAUCUAAGGAAUCUGCCUUGUGGCAGCUCUCAAGUGGCUACCCACUAAUUUUGGUUAUUUUUGCCCUACCUUUUCUCUCUCUGUUAUUGUAAUAUCUUAACCCCUUUCACCCAGGAUUGUUUGUUAAUUGCUUAUAUGGAUAAAUUUUCUUU